GAAGCAGUUAACACGGGUAACGUGACAAAUUUGCUUAACUUUGACAUGGAAUGUGCAGGAUCGUAAUUCCAUGAAUUCUCAAACUCACAAAACACAAAACCGUCCGUUUCUGUACGCGUGUUCGAAAUAAUGCACGAAUCCCAGAUUGUUUUAAUGUGGUCUCACACAUUGGGGACGCGCAGAUGAAGCGAACGAUGUGGUGUGCGUUCGGUGCGCGUGUGACGGACGCGUGAUUCACGCGGCGUGAAGUGUCGGUGACGCGGGGCUCCGGGCCGGUUGUUGCGGCAUCAGCAUCAGCUGCGGUAGGAGGCGAUACAGAGGAGGUACGGGGGGAUACGGGGACUCCUGUAGGUUGAUUUCAGCAGCUCCGCACUCGCAGGUGGAGACGCGCACCGAUCCGGAGCUUCAUCUGACCCGAGCGCGCGCACACGCGCACUCACUCCCCGAAACGAAUAAAUGAAAUAAUGACUACAGGAACGCGUGUUGAAAGCAACUACACUGAGAGCAAAUGCGUCGCAGUCAGUCCAGUCCUCAUAUGACUCCCAGCCCGUUAAGAUUUGAUGAGCAGUUUUUGGAGAGCUCUCUGGAUUGAUCCCAGUGCGUUUCAGUCAUGAAGAACAGGAGGGAAUAUGUGUAAUACUGGAGCGCGAUUUUAGUGUCUCUCUUCUGGAUUCACAGCUCUGUCGGGAUGCCGCAUGUCAUACGGAUAGGGGGAAUUUUCGAACAGACCGAUGGACCCGUGGCUCUCGUGAGCUCUGAGGAGCUGGCCUUUAAAUUUGCAGUUAAUAAUAUCAACAGAAACAGAACGUUGUUGCCCAACACAACGUUAACAUAUGACAUUCAGAGGAUUAAUAUCUACGACAGCUUUGAGGCCUCCAGAAAAGCGUGUGACCAGCUGUCUUUAGGUGUAGUCGCCAUUUUUGGGCCGUCUCACAGCUCCUCGUCCAACGCCGUGCAGUCUAUCUGCAAUGCCCUGGAAGUGCCACACAUUCAAGUGCGAUGGAAACACCAUCCGAUGGACAACAGGGACUCGUUUUAUGCCAACCUGUACCCAGAUUACUCUUCUCUUAGCUACGCUAUCUUAGACCUGGUGCAGUUCCUCAAGUGGAAGACAGCCACUGUGGUUUAUGAUGACAGUACAGGAUUGAUCCGGCUUCAGGAGUUAAUAAUGGCUCCGUCCAGAUACAACAUCAGACUGAAGAUCAGACAGCUCCCUCUGGAUACCACGGACACCAGACCUCUGCUCAAGGAAAUGAAAAGAAGCCGCGAGUUUCGCAUUAUCUUCGACUGUAGCCACACAAUGGCAGCACAGAUCCUCAAACAAGCCCAGAUGAUGGGAAUGAUGACAGAGUACUAUCACUACAUCUUCACCACUCUGGAUCUCAUGGCCAUAAACUUGGAGCCAUAUCGCUUCUGUGGUGUCAAUAUGACCGGCUUCCGCAUCCUGAACGUUGAAAAUCCUCAGGUGGCCUCCGUCGUGGAGAAGUGGUCUCUUGAGAGACAGAUUCCCCCAAAACCCGACUCUGGCCUCCUGGAAGGGAUCAUGACGACAGAUGCUGCUCUGACGUACGACGCCGUCCACAUCGUGUCGGUCUCUUACCAGCACGCACCGCAGAUGACUGUCAACUCGCUGCAGUGUCAUCGGCACAAGCCCUGGAGGUUCGGCGGACGCUUCAUGAGCUUUAUUAAAGAGUCUCAUUGGGACGGGCUGACGGGACGGUUGUGCUUCAACAGAACCACGGGUCUGCGCACAGACUUUGAUCUGGACAUUGUGAGUCUUAAAGAGGACGGCCUUCAAAAGGUGGGCAAAUGGAGUGCAUCCGGGGGUCUGAACAUCACCGAGGUCCCCAGGCAGAACGGCAUGAACAUCACAGAUUCCCUUUCCAACCGCUCGCUGCUCAUCACCACUAUCCUGGAGGAUCCAUACGUCAUGCUGAAGAAGUCUGACAAGGCACUGGUUGGCAAUGACCGCUUCGAGGGCUUCUGUAUCGACCUGCUGAAGGAGCUGGCCAGCAUUCUGGGCUUCUCCUAUGAGAUCCACCUGGUGCAGGACGGCAAGUAUGGCUUUCAGGAUGAUAAAGGCCAGUGGAAUGGGAUGAUAAGAGAGCUCAUGGAACAUAGAGCCGACCUGGCUGUGGCUCCUCUCACCAUCACCUUUGUCCGUGAGAAAGUUAUCGACUUCUCCAAACCCUUUCUGAACACUGGCAUCAGUAUCCUGUACCGCAGGCCCAACAGCACCAACACUGGCUUCUUCUCUUUCCUUAAUCCUAUGACCCCGGACAUCUGGGUCUAUAUCCUGCUGGCCUAUUUGGGGGUCAGCUGUGUGCUCUUUGUCAUUGCCAGGUUCAGUCCAUACGAGUGGUACGACGCCCAUCCGUGUAACCCAGGAUCCGAUGUGGUGGAAAACAACUUCACCCUCCUCAACAGCUUCUGGUUUGGCGUGGGCUCCCUCAUGCAGCAAGGAUCCGAGCUGAUGCCCAAAGCUCUCUCCACCCGAAUCAUUGGAGGCAUCUGGUGGUUCUUCACUCUCAUCAUCAUCUCGUCCUACACAGCAAACCUAGCCGCCUUCCUCACCGUAGAGAGAAUGGAUUCGCCCGUGGACUCAGCUGAUGAUCUGGCCAAACAGACCAAAAUCGAGUAUGGCGUCGUCAAGGAUGGAGCCACCAUUUCCUUCUUCAAGAAAUCCAGAGUGUCCACGUUUGAGAAGAUGUGGGCUUUCAUGAGCAGUAGACAGAGCACAUCAUUUGUCAAGUCCAUUGAAGAUGGUAUUCAGCGAGUGUUGAAGUCCGACUACGCCCUGCUCAUGGAGUCCACUACAAUUGAAUACGUGACCCGCAGAAACUGCAACCUCACGCAGGUGGGAGGCAUUAUUGACAGCAAAGGUUACGGCAUCGGCACCCCGAAAGGCUCUCCGUACAGAGAUAAGAUCACAAUAGCUAUCCUCAGCAUCCUGGAGGACGGCCGUCUGCACAUGCUCAAAGAGAAAUGGUGGAGCGGCAGCAGUUGCCUGGAGGACGAGCGCUAUGAGACGGGACCCAUGGGCAUCCAAAAUCUGGGCGGCAUCUUCAUCAUCCUGGCCUCUGGUCUGCUGCUCUCCGUGUUUGUAGCUAUAGGAGAGUUCAUCUACAAGCUGCGCAAAACUGCGGAACGUGAACAGAGGUCUUUCUGCAGUGCGGUGACUGACGAGAUCAGACUGUCCUUCACGUGCGAGAGGCGAGUGAAACACAAGCCCCCCCACCAGCCGCCGCCAGACAUGAAGACGGACGCAGUGAUCAACAUGCACUCUUUCAACGACCGUCGCCUGCCCGGAAAGGACAACAUGAGCUGCAACACCUCGAUGACGCCCGUGUUUCCAUGACGUGCCUGGGCGACGGGCACCUGAGGCACGUCCCAGGCGGGGCACCGGAGACCAGGGACUACGGCCCUGAGAUGAUCACGGCAUUCACCAUCAACCGCAGAGACAUCCGACACCAACUGAGCAGUCAGAACGGAGGCAGUAACAGCAAACCAGGUAGUGACCACAUCCUCAAGCCAAUGUAUCCCACCAUGCCGCUGCGAGAGGGGGGCCGAUCCGUUUCCUUCCUGUGAGAGCCACAUCUCCCAAACCCUCCAGAGUCUGAUGUUUACAAUGGCACUCCGACGCAAAAGCUCACCAUCUAAAACAACCUGUUUCUCAUUGGAACGUGAUGUGGAAAAAGAGGCUUUUUGGAAGCAUGGCAAUAAAUGAAACUACAACCAGGGAAGUAGUUUUCUUAGAGUAUCAUUUCUUAGAGCACAUCAAUUCAUUUAAGAGUUCCGAAGUUUUGUUUUCUUUUUGAUUUGGUCGAAAUGCAGUGUUUCGUCUCUGUGAAUGCGAUGUAGACUUGAUGUAUACGUGGCAGCGCAGGACUACAGUGGCCAGCGUGAGCUGCCGGAAGAUUGGAAACCCCAUCCACCGUAGGCCAUAGCAUCCACCUGCGUUCGUGAAAAUGCACAAACAAACAGGAUUGAUUUCAUUGGAGUCAUCUAAAUAAACGCGGAACAAUUCCGUACGGCCCGCAAAAUUACUCCACAGUGCUUACACGCCAGACUUUUGAUUGAUUUGUGCUUCAUACGUUGCCAGCAGAUGUUUCUUACCCAGCGAGAUCUAAUGGUAAUGACGGAUAAACACAACGGUUGCCAAAGAUCCGUCGUCCAAAUGGAUUUAGACACUUGAAAUGCAGUUUUGCCUGCAAACAAGAAAGCGAAUGACAUCUUGACUCCUCUGUUUGUUAAAUGACUUAUCCUGUACGUCAGACCCUUUUCCAGAUCAAGAAUCCGAAACCCAAAACUGUAACAAAUGUUGUACAUGAGCCCAUGUUUGAUGUACACAAUCUGUAGGUGCCGUGGUCUUUGUCAGAAGAUUUUAUCCCAUCUUCUGUUGUCAUUCAUGAAGAAGAGAAGGUCUGUAUUACCAGAAACAAAAGUGAGAUUAUCAGUUCAUCUGAGAUCACAAAAAAAGAUCGUCUGACCUCUCAAAUCUCAUCAACACAUGUAUUUUCAGACGGUCACUGAUGAUGUCACGUCCUCUCACAAAUCUAUCAAUUGUGAGGAAUAUAGUGCAGGAAUCAUUGGGUAUACCGCAUUAAUCAGAAUCUCAAGGGUAAGCUCAAGUUUAUGGAUUUGGGGAGUAAAUGAUGGCGAAAUCUCAAAAAACAAGCGAACCAACCCUUUAAGUUAACCCUGAUGUUAGCCCGGUUCAUUGAGUUCAUCUCACACACAGUAAUGAUGACUGAAGCUGUGGUCAGUGGCAGUUCUGUUGUUAUCCAGGUGGAUUCAGCUCCACUCAUUUCAAGUGUGUGUUCACAUGUCAGAAGCACUUUCUUUAGGUUGUUGGUAUGUCAGGAUGUGAGGUGUAAUAGAGUCGUGUGCAUUGAUAAGCCUCGCAGGCUCAGAGGGCUAUGGAUAAAUUUAGGGUGAGGGCCUUUUUUUAGUCUUUCAGACGUAAACUGGGCUACAGUACGGUUUUCAAGCUUGCAUUAGGACAUCUUCAUACACAGAGACAGAGCAAAACUGCAAUAUAUAUAUAUGCGUUUUAGACAUCCAAACUGCAAUAGAAAAAAACUGUAUGCUACUGGAGCCGCUCACCAGAUUCAGACAAGCGAGCAUUCAAACAUACAUUCAGCAUACAGAAGGUUUCACGUGAUGAUAUUCCACACGUGAAGCGCUGUCAUGAUGAGGUGUAGGUGCUACGAGUCUCCACCCACUGCCCUCUCGUGGCAGCUUGACCAAUCACAGGCCUCCGUGAGGUCAAUCUAACGGACAGUGUGGAAAAAAGCAGUUUUGUGUUGAACAUGUUUUUAUGGUGAAUUAUGUACCGAUCAGAAAUACCUUCAUGUGACUCGAUGUUUCUUUGGUGAAAGCUCAUUGUAUAUGUGUUAUUCAAAUUCUGUGUAGUUUUAAUACUCUCUUGCAAAGUAGGGUAUAUACAGUAUUAGAUGACAAUGACAGACAAAUUACUGUAUUUUGCUAAAUCCUGAUGAUUUUUACCUUAUCUUCUUGAACAUUGCAGGUGUGAUAUAUGAUACAGGCAUUGUAAUAUAGAAUCUAGUCUCAAGUGGAGUUAAAGAACAGCGAUGUAAUGCCCCAGGCCCUCAACUCCAUCACAUUCAGUUUCAUGUAAAGAAGACGUUGAUAUUAACUCUGUAUGUAAGACCUUCUGAAACUUAAUGUAUUCAUGUCAGAUGUAUAUACAGUAAAGACAUCAUAGAAUAUUCAGAGAAGAACCAGAUGACUGAUUCAUUUACACUUAUCAUGGAGGAUUUCUUUCGUUCGUUCGUUCGAAAGCCUUGAUAGAUUCUGUAGAUUACCCUUUUGUCUAUCCACUUGUUCAGUCCUCUUCUUAAAAAAAGAAUGAAAAUAUUGUCAAUUUGUAUAUAUCAUAAAGAGGUUCUGUUUCUCUAAAUCUUUUCUGAAUACAUUUUAAUUUGACGGUACAGAACCCUGGAAACGGCAUGAAAAAGUGUCAUUAUGAAUGAAAUAGUAAGGCUUAAGAUUUGUUCACCCAAAAAUAAGAUGUACUUCAAAAUUAGUGCUCUCUCUAAUGGAGUUACAAUGCUAGGAAGAGCCAACAUUUGGAUUAUUAUUACUCUUAACUGUGUUUGGCUGAAGACAUGAAGGCCUUGAAUUUCAUUUUUGAGUUGACAGCUGUUUCAUAGAAUAAUUUACCUAAACCCUCAUCUUUUUCAUCUUUUCAUCAUGUUUUAUUUCAUGGGAUACCAAAGUCUUUUUGAAGAAUCUUCUUGCAGAUAUUUAUCAUACACAAACACACCACAUUAAAUCUAAUAAGAAGUUCCAUACAACUGCAAUGUAGAACAAACUGACACAUGGCGCUCAGUUACACGGGAAACAUGAGUGACACCUAAUGAUUUGAAAUCAAAUUAAGAUUUCAGCUCUUUCUAAUAAAGAUACUUCUCUGUUUUUUACGCUGUCAUAUGCCUUCAUUCGACCUGUUAAUAUAGUCUAAAUCUAUGAAUAUAGAUGCUUCUAUGGUAUUUUUGACCUGGUAAAGCUGGACAGCCAUAAUAAACCUUCUGAUUCUUCAAAAGUUUUUUUGUGUUCCACAGAAACAAUAACAGAUGUUAUAGAAGGACACAUGGGUUCUGUUGGUAAAGCCAUUCUUUUCAUCCGAGUUGACACUUUGUCUGUAGCUCAUUGAGGAUGAUCACAACUUAUUAUAGAAGACAAAUAGAAUUUGAUCAAAUUUUAUAUUUACACUGUGAUACAUUCUUUGUAACAAAUGACUUAGCAGCAUAUUAAUCACACACGCCUUCAUAUCAAACUGAGUAUAAGACCAUGAAGGACUCAUCCCUACAGUAUCUGUGUGAAAUACAUUACAUCCAGCAUUUACUUUCAGUAUUGGAUCAAUCAAUCAAUCCUAUUUACGGAGCAUCUAUUUUAUAAAAGGAAUAAACAAUGUGAACAUUGCUGUUUUACAAAAAUGUAUGAAACAAAGAAAAUAAAUGAAAUUACAUUUU